AUGCUAAGCAUAGGCAAUUUGAUUUUGUAGCUGAAAAUAUUUUAUACUUUGGUUAAUUUUGUUAAUUUAAUUGCUAAUCUGGUUAAAAAUAUUUCUUUGUUGUUGUUGAUUGAUUAAAUUAAGUUGAGCAAAAAUCUGAGAUAAAGUUUUCCUAGAUUGAAGACUGUGAACUAUAGCCUUGGCGUUACUAGCGGUAGGUCAUUUUUACCAACUUAUUUGCUAAUUGUGGUAAGUACCUAUCCAUUUUUUUUUAUGAAUUUUCAUUGUAUCAUUGUAACUAUUUUUGUAAUAAUCUCAUAGAAAAGAGGAUUAAUAAAAUCAAAAUAAAAUGAAUUUUCCUCUGCUGGGCAUUUUUCAAAGUAAGUAUUAAAAAAAUUUCUAUCCACAAGUUUUCAUCAAAACAACUUAUGUGAAAUUUAAAUGAAUUUCAACCAUCAAAAUGGCAAUUUUCUUUUUAGAAAAGAUACUCAUUUAUCAACUCUUAAGACUUCCAAAUUAUUAUACAAUAAUUAAUAAAGACCAAACUACUUUUUUAAUAUAAACCUAAAUCUGCAGCAUGAAAUAAAAGAAUAAUUAAUGUUUUGGUUGAUUAGCUUGCUUUUCAUUUCAUAAAUAAUAGGAUAACUUGAUUAUUUCUAUUAUCCAUAGAUUUUUGGACUAGGUGGUAUUUAAUGCCCUGAUUUACACAUAUUCAGGCCUGAUAUGCACCCUCAUUAAUGCGUCUGUAAGUAUUUCUGCUAUUCAUAGCUUAUGCUUUCAUUUGCAAAGGUGUUACUGAGAUUAAAAUUAUAACUGUAGCAAAUUCAACUUAAUAUGUAUGCCAUCUAAGAUUUUAACCAUUUGGAGCAGGAACUCCAACCACAAACUUAAUUUCCUUUCAUUGUGGUUAGGCGUAUGGAGUCUCAUUAGUAAUGGAGAAGCAAAUAGAUGGACACUAUCGGAAUUAUUGUAAAGGUAAAAAUUUAAGUUAUAUUUAUAGACCUAUCCAGAGAUCUACAAAAGAUGUUUGAUAUUUGCAUAUUACCUCAAAUUAGUUUUUUUAGAUGCCAAAUUUGUAAACGGCCUUUUUUCGGAUAUUUAUGUAGUGAGGUUGAGAAUUUUUACGAUUAACAUUCAACAGAUCCCAUGAUAAGUAAUAUAAAUCCUAAAAUUUAAGUGUGUCCUGACAACUGUCUUGAAUGUUCAGUUACUGAAAAUACUCUAAAGUGCAAAUUAUGUAGACAUGGUUAUUCAAGUAUACAUUCAGGUGAUGGUGGAUGCCUCCUGGGUAAUUAAUGAUAUUAUUUUGAAGAUUGUAAAGGACACAUUAGUUGCAAACUCAACGAUACUAUGGAUACUGUUUAUAGUCCAGAAUGCAAAGUUGGAUAUAGAUCGGAAUAAUCAUAGUGUUUUGGUAAUAGAUGAAGAAAAGUAUUUUAUAGGUCCAAGUUUACCUUGUGAAGUACCUAUAAAAAAUGAACCUUAUUGUUAGAAAUGUGUUGAAGGAUUUUAUUUGAUAUAGGACUUUUUAGAUAAUCCCAACUUUGUUCGGUGA